AUGAUACCCAGGUUCACUAAUGGGUUAGUGAAUAGCCGAAUAAAGCUAUGUCAUAAUCAGCUAAAUACUAUAUCACUUAUAAAAUCAAUUUAUAGAUUUAAUUCCUCAUCACAACCACAGAAAUCAUCAUCAACAGAUCAAUUAACAGAAUUAGAAGCACAAGAUAUAAAAUAUAGAAAACAAAGAGAAUUAUCAUUAAAAUUAGUUAAAAUAAAAAAUUAUGGAGAAUUUUUCCCACCUCAUACAAAUCCUGGUUCAACUCAUUAUAAAAAACCAAUACAUGAUCAUUUACAUAAAGGUAAACCAAUAAAAGAAUUAACAUUACCUAAAAAAAAAACUGCAGGUAGAAAUAAUAAAGGACAAAUUACAAUAAGAGGUAGAGGAGGAGGUCAUAAACAAAGAAUUAGAUUAGUUGAUUUUCAUAGAUGGGAUCUGGGUAAAAAUAAAGUUUUAAGAAUUGAAUAUGAUCCAAAUAGAUCAGGUCAUAUUGCAUUAUUAGAAAAUGUUUUAAAUGGAACAUUAUCAUAUAUUUUAGCACCUCAGGGUUUAAGAAGUGGAGAUAUUGUUGAAAGUUUUAGACAAGGUAUACCUGAAGAUUUUAUUGAAGAAAUGAAAAAAACAAAUAAUGGAGAAAUUGAUGAUGCACUUUUAUCUGCAAGAGUUUUACAAAGAGGUAAUUGUUUACCACUUAGAAUGUUACCAGUUGGUUCUAUAAUUCAUAAUAUUGGAUUAAGACCAGGUAAUAGAGCUCAAUUAGUUAGAAGUGCAGGAACAUUUGGUAAAAUUUUAUCAAAACAUAAUGAAAAACAAAAAGCAAUAAUAAAAUUAUCAAGUGGAGAACAUAGAUUUGUUCAUUUAGAUUGUCAUGCAACCUUGGGGGUGGUAUCAAAUAAAGAACAUCAAUUAAUAUCAUGGGGUAAAGCUGGUAGAGCACGUCAUAGAGGUAGAAAACCAAUAACACGAGGUGUUGCAAUGAAUGCUUGUGAUCAUCCUCAUGGUGGUGGUAGAGGUAAAUCUAAAUCAAAUAAAUUAACUCAAUCUAUGUGGGGUUUGAAGAAAUUCCAAAAGACAAGAUUAAAACCGAAUCCAAAUGUUAUUAGAAAUAGAAAAGGUAGAAUGGUAAGACAUAAAAAAUAA